GAUACAGUCGUUCUCGCAGAAGUUGGGUGUCGCCAGCCAAGGGGCAGUUAUGAGUUACGGGAUGUGAAAAUUCUUUUUGCGAGUACCUCUAGAUUAUUGUUUUAUGAUUAUAAUAAAAGAGUUUGAUCAUUUAUGGAAAGGGGAGAAAAUUGCUGAUUUUUUUGGACGUGUUAUGGGAUUGACACCACCAUGACGGUUGACUUCAGUGAUUACUUUUGGGGUGAGAAAAAUAACGGAUUUGACGUUCUUUAUCACAAUAUGAAGUAUGGCCUUGUUGCCAGCAAAGAAUUUGCAGAGUUUCUGCGUGAGAGAUCAUCGAUUGAAGAAAAUAACUCCAAAAUGUUGGCAAAAUUAGCCAAGCAAGCUGGAACUGGUUGUAUUAAUGGAACGUUUGCUCCUGUUUGGCAAGUGCUACGUACUUCUGCAGAAAAAUUACUGAACCUUCAUGUUCAAAUGGUCCAAAAGGUGUCAGAACUUGUCAAAGAAGUUACUAAAUAUGCUGAUGAGCUGCAAAAGAAGCACAAACAGGUCAAAGAAGAAGAAGGAGGGACUUUGGAAGUAGUUCAAGCAAUUCAGGCCACUACCUUAACCUUACAAAAGGCUAAAGAUGCUUACUUGCAAAAAACUCUGGAGCUGGACCGUCUUCGAAAAGAAAGUGCCUCCCCAAGGGAUUUAGAAAAGGCAGAAGCAAAACUCCGUAAAGCUCAUGAAGAGUAUAAAACCCUUGUGGAAAAGUACCAUGUUAUCAAAGAAGAAUUUGAAAGAAAAAUGAUAACAGCCUGCAAGAAAUUUCAAGAUGUUGAGGAAGCUCAUCUAAUUCAAAUGAAAGAUUUUCUGUACACCUAUGCUGAAUUGUUGCAGCAAAAUCAUGAGCUCAUUGGUCAGGUCCACUUAGAUUUUAAGAGACAAUGCCUGGAAAUGACAGUAGAUAAACUGUUGGAGCAAUUUGUUUUGGGAAAAUAUACUGGCCUUGAGAAACCAGGUGUUAUAGACGUCGUCAACCUUGAAGAUAUGAAUGUUCUAAGCACUACUCCAUCCUCAUCAAGCAGUCAACUUAAGAAUUCUGGGGCCGAUGGUUCUGACAAGGACAUGAGCAGUAAGGAGGACAGCAAUAAGGGUUGGAAGCGUGAAGGUAAUGUGGAUAAUAUUGGACAGCCUCCAGGCCAACCACCGGGCAACUCACAGGCCAAACCUUCCCGACGUACUACUUCCCUCCUGAACCUCUUCAUGUCUAAUUCUCAGGGCAGCAAGGAGAGCGGCGGCCAUCCUGAGGGCCCGGGUGGAGCCGGGUCUGGGCCCGGGGCAGGGCAGGGGGCGGGCGAGGUGGGCACUCCCACGUCCGCUCCCACCAGCCCCGGUGCGGACGCUGGCACCACCACGCUCGCUCGCAACCCUUUGCGUGGAUCAAAAUGGUUUCUCAGAAGCAGGAGAGACAAACGUAAAGAAAAAAAGGCUAAAAAGAAAAAAGAUGGAAGCACUGACAAUGCAAGUCAGAAGUCUGAUGGUGAGGACAAAUCUGGAACACCAACUCCUGAAGUUGAUGAUGAGGGCUACAAUGUACGACCAAAGAGUGAUACAUGGGAAAAUGAUAAAGGCUCAUUUUACUCUAGCUCUGAUUCGGACUCAGAGGAUGAAAGAGAAAGAAAGAUACAUGUUGAAAUUAAACCUCUAAGUAAUGGAGCUGCACCCAUGAGUGCUAGUGUGGAUGAGCUUCGUGCAACAGUAGGAAAUCUGUCUAUAUCCCCGAUUGGGGCUACAAUGGGACGAAGAGGGUCAGGUGUUGACUCGGAUAUACAUAUGAAAAGAUCCCAAUCCGUCUCUCAGCAAUUAGGCAAGCCAAGUAGUGAUCUACUGGGGCUGAAUCUCUUUCAAAGUCCUGCCACAUCUGCAGCAUCAACUCCAACUGGAAGUGGGAACCAUCCCUAUGCACCUUUAACCAGUCCACCUCCAGCUUCUGCAUCACCUGCAGCAGCAUCUCCGUCAACAAAAUAUGCUGACCUUGGAGAGUUGUUAGCUGAUGUUGAAACACAACCUGCUCUUCCACCAAAGCAAUCAAGACAAGGUGGUUCGUCAACUCCAGGUAGUUCGAUAGCAAUACCAAGGCCCCCAUCUAGGCGUGGAGAGGGACCCCCUCAGAGAGGUAGAGUCAGUCCAGGCCCUAAUGCUCUCAGUAUGUCUCGGGCAGACAGUGUUGCUAGUUUAGAGUUUAGAGCGGCUGGCGUUGCUUUGGGAGUUUCUCGUGGGCCUUCGCCAUUGACAAUUGGAAUGACAGAUACAAUUCCACUUGCAGUUGCCUUCCAUGAAAUUGUGCACUCCUAUUUUCGUGGUACAGAUGAAACUAGGUGUCAGGUGAAAAUGUCAGGAGACAUGAUGCUUUCCUUUCCAGCGGGCAUAGUCGCUGUUCUUGCUAACAAUCCAAACCCUGCUCAGUUAACUUUCAGGAUCAAAAAUACAGCACGCAUAGAAAAUAUCCUUCCUAACAAGCAACUGGUUCAUAUCGAAACAGCUCUGUCAAAUACAGAUUGUAUGGUGUUUGAGUUUAAUAUGAGUUCCCUGACGGGUCUUCUACGCCGCCAAGCUGAGCAAAAUCCCACUGCUUCAUACUUUAAUGUGGAUAUUCUUAAAUACCAGGUGAAACCAAAGAUUGGAGCAGGCUCGUGUCCAUUCCAGUUGGUAGCAUACUGGAAAUGUGAGCAAUCUCAUACGGACUUGAAAGUGGAUUACAAAUACAAUAGUCAUGCAAUGGCUGCACCCUCUCCACUGCUAAAUCUCACAGUUGCUGUACCAGUUGAUGGGGGUGUCACAGGGCUACAGUCGAAACCUUCUGCCCAAUGGUUGGCAGAAAGUCACAGAGUUAUUUGGAAGUUUACUGAGCUGUCUCAGCAUAGUGAAAAUCAUGGUGUUGGCUCACUUAGGGCUCGCUUAGAAGUGAGCAACGGACCAAGUCAGCAAGGAACAAUUGCUACUCAAUUUAACUGUGAAGGAACAACACUUUCUGGCCUAGAGCUGGAGCUUGUGGGCUCUGGAUAUAGACUGUCUUUGGUAAAGAGAAGAUUUGUGUCUGGAAAGUACAUUUGUGAUGGUGAUCCUGACCCAAGAUCAAGAUACGCUGCCCCUCCCGGCAAUUAACAUACCUGAUGACACCCUUUUCUCAGGAGGUAUGCCACUUUCUUCAAGUACCUACUUAGUGGUAGGCAAUCAUAUCAUGGAGUAAGAGUACUUUUACUCUGUGAUCAUACCUUGUUUUCAUUUCUUCUCUUUGUUCUUUUUUUCUUUUAUAAAAAGAAAAGGGAUCGGUAUUCCUCACAAAACUUUGUGAUAACCUUUCUAAUGGAAAUGCUCACUAUAUUUAGAUAUUUUCUUUUAAAGGUAAAGCAAGUAAUUGAUGAUGGAAUAUGAAAUGUGAUUGUGUCGGGCUAAAUAUGUUACUUUUGUGCUAAGUUUUAGUUCAUUUGGAGUAUAAUAUGUUAAUUCCUAAAUUUAACUUUUAAAAUUUUAUCAAGCACAUUUGAUUAUUUUAUCAUUUACAUACUUUUAAUUUUGGAUCCAAGCACUGCUUGAUCUGCUGAUGUAAAUCAUUCAAAAUAGUGGAUUUAUCCUGGAUGUUGUAUUUUAUCUAUCUAGAAGGAAUCUGAAAGACCAAUCAAAAACAUGGCAAAAUGACUGCCAUGUACUUGCUUGUACUCGACACAAGCUUACAAUUUAUGAAGUGAAAACACAGAUCAUGAAUUAAAAUUAGCUACUCGCAUGUUUUUUCAAUUAAUUGCAUUAAAGUGCAUAAAAAUGAACACAUAAUUUGAAUGUUUUGUGUGAAGUUCCACUUGAGGCACUAGUAUUCCAGUUACCAUUGAGUCUGAAUCUUCCCUAUCAUGGAUUUGGUUAUUUGUUUGAAGUUUUCAAUUCUGUUGAAAGCUUUCUGAUUAAGCUCUAGAACUUUUGUAAUGGUGAUCACACCUAUUUUGCCCUCUUAGUGUUGGAGAUUAGCUGGCUGAUAGUCAUUACACUCUGGCAGUGAGUGUAAUCUAGUUAAUUUACGCAUAACUAUACCAGUUCUCUAAAGUAGGAACCCUAGUAAACUUGAUUUUUACAUCGAGCUUGCACAGAACUGUUGAGAAUUCUGCAGAUUUGUGCUCCUUGUUAUCUCUAAUUGAAACGAACGAAAUAUUGUACCAAUACUAUGUUAUUUGGAACAUUGUUUCGGUCCAUGCUGUUAUUUACUAAUAUUAUUUCUUUGAUUAUAUUUAUAGAUUUAUUGUACAUCCAGCCACAAAGAUGCAUCUAUAUAUUAAUAUGUAUAUAAAUAUAUAUACACUAUGUAUGUACAAGUAUUAAAUUAUAAGUAUGCUAUGUUAAUUGUUUUAUAUGAUUAAAGGAGGUGUAUUUUUAUGUCAAUGCAUUGGUGUUAGGACUGAAAAUCAUGUGCAAACCACUAGGGAUGCGUGAUGCCCAGCACAAUGAAUUAGUGCGUCAACACAUUCCUGGGCAUUUUUAUUGCAUGUCCAAAUGAAUUGUUCUAUUCAAUAUUGUAUGCUUAUGUAUUCAUUCAACUGGGUAUUUACCUGUUGUAACAGUCACUGGGUGAAAACAGAGAGGUUUUUAGUUCUUUAUGUGCUGUGUAUGCAAUUUGUAGUAACACUUAUAGACAAUUAUACAUAUCAUUGUAUUGCUCCAUUUGUUCUGUGUGUGGUGAAGAAGGUGCUGUGGUUGUGUUUGUGAGUGAGCAAACACCAACCAAUGUUUUACCUUACUCUUCUCUAACUACCUGCUAUAAACUAAGAAUGUGUGUAUAAUCACAGAGAAAUCGGUAAAGAAAUCACCAAAUACCAAAUUAAUACAGCAUUUGAAAAUAGAUAACUCUCUGCAACUGCAUAACAGAACUGGCACAUGAAGAGCUGCAUUUCCUCCAUUGCUUUUUUACAUAUUUGGUUAAUUUUGUUGGAAUAUCUUUAGUUUUUUGCAAGGUGCCAAUUACUUGUUUUACAUGAUGUUUUCCCCUUUGAUACUACAUUAUUUUCCAGAAGUCACGCAGCAAUCUGAUUUUGUGAUAGGCCAUUUUUGCUCAUUAUUUCUUUUCUACCCGGUUCAAAGGUAAAAAUUUAAGCAUAAUCUUGGAGCUUUGAAACAUUUGUUUGAAUCUGAACAUUGCUUUGUACUCUGAAAUCUGUAAUUUUUAAUUCAUUUUCUCAACAUUUUUUACUAGUACCAUUCCCCUGAUUGUUAUGGUUAUCUAGACUGAACUAGGCCUGUCAAUUUUAGAACUGUUAUUUAUUAGGUAUUGAUUGGACAUGCACAGCUAGAUUUAGCAUUGUUUGUAUUUUCAUACAUCCUGUUGAGAGUCAAAUCUUGCUGCAUUGUUUCUAGGUGAAGAUAACAAUAUCAAUUAAAUAUUGUGUCUGUCAUUCUGUAGGGCUUUGCAUGUUCUUUUGUUGUUUUUUUAAUCUAACUCAACCACAGAACUCUCAACUCUUUAUUUACAAAUUUUAGUAUUACAUGAUCACCAUGGGCACCUGUUAAUUAUACCUGUGGAGGAAAUAUGGAAGCUUGUAUUUAAAAAGAAUAUCUAUAUUUUUUUAUUAUAACAUAAAAACAACUGUUAAUACCGGCUGUCAUUUUCUGUCUCUUUGGAGUCUAACCCAAGUAUUAGAUAUGAUUGUUCCAUAGUUCCAUCUAUCUAUGUUUGCCAGUAUGUAAUAUGCUCUCACAUCAGUACUGUAAAGGUAGUUUUUGAAAGUGUCCUGUUACUUCAUAUUUAAUUCGUGUCAUUGACUGCGCCUUUUCCACCAAAUUGUAAGUACUAAAUGAACUUAUUGAUACAAAGAAAUAGAAUAAAACACAAUAUCCAAGUUUAUUUUGAGAGUUUCAGACUGAUUUUAGAGACUCUGGUCAAUAACAUUCCCGGAUCAAAGGCUCUGGGAGAGAGUUGGUUUGGGUGGCAGUUAAAAAUAAUUUUUCCAUUUUGAACGCCGUAUUGUCUUGUACCGCGUACUCUACGGUCCUGUUUCAUUUUGGGCUUCGACAUCCAUCUUCAUAAUUUUAAACUCAAGUUUAUUUCUUUCAUGCUAAAGUAUGAGUUCAUCUACCAACUUACAGAAAAAUGUCCCUGUGGCUUAAUUUAUCCAAAAGGAUAUAGCUUUACUCUCAUAUUUCAACUUGGUUUCGUACAUAGGAGAAGUAAUUUCCUUUCCGUUACCAAACCCUGUGUUCAUUGGUAUUGAUGAUAUGUGAAUCUCAAUGUAUCAGUUCCCAUUUGGAAUAACAUGGAACCGGAGGUGAUCUAUAAUUUUCACAAUUUCUUAUCACUCAAUAUGAAGUACAUACACAAAGUCUUGAAAAUAAUUGGAGUGUUUCUUUUUUCUAAUUAAGAUGGAAAAACAAAUACCUUGAAAGCGUUAGAAUGGAUGUGUUUAAAGUGUUCAAGUUACAUGUCUCUUGUUUCUUGUGCCCUGUUAAUUUUCUUGAUCCCUUGAAAAUGCUGUUGCGCCUGUUUUUAAACCUUACAUUCAACUUUGAGAAAACUGACACUAGGAUCUGGAUGUUCAAAUAUGUGGGUGUAUUAUGAUGCAAGCAACUAUUGUUGGAAUAUACUUACUUACAAUAUGGUA